AUAUGCGGAAAGGUUGAGACCGAGUUAUAAGACAUUCAUAAUUACUAUAAAGUAGAAUUGAUUUAUACAUAUCCCAUUGUGUCUGCAUUAAUAAACCUUCAUUUAUGAGAAUAUACGUUUUUUACUUGCUGUCACUUAUUACAGUUACGUAUCACCCCCGCCAUCCUUCUUCGCUUCAUUACUUUUCUCCCACAACGUAGUCUCGACCAUAAAACUUCCCUUUUUAUCUUUACACCUAAUCCAACAUCAAAUGAAAUCAGCCAUAUUUCCCUUUGAAAUCUCGCUGCUAAAUCUUUUAAGAGAAGAGGGAAUAGAGAAUAAAAGAAGACUCACCGGCGAAACCACCGCUGCACGGGCCAACACCUUACGGGACUAUCGGCGACAUCCGGACGAUCAAUCUGGCAUUCAUAUUGGACCAUCGAGAAUAACUCGCAGGCGGAUAAGUCGAUGCGACCACCCUUGCGCGCUCGCCCGUUGUUAACCUGGAUUUCGGAUUCGAGUUGUGAUACCGGGAAGACGUGACACGGUGGCGUCAUUGUUGUUUCUUGUUGUAUUGAGACUUGCGGGUAUGGGAUGAGGGGAGGUGGGAAAGUGGGCGAAAAUGAAUGCUGCGGCUGCGAAACACGUUGGUGCAAGAUUGCUUGGUGAAGUUGAGGAGGGUAGUUUAGAAGAGCUUCUCGAAUCCCUCAAAACCAGCCUUACCGGCGGCAACUCCUCUACUCUUCGCCCAGAAAUUCCCAUCCCAGCUCUUGCUAACAUCGCAACCCGAUACUACAAAGCAACACACUCAGCGCCACCCCCAAUUCUCUCCAUAAGCGGUCGCUACUUACCGUUACUAUAUCACUUAGUAUCAACACUUAUAGCUGAGCCGCAUAACUACACUAUAGUCAUCGUUGACGCAGAAAGCCGUUUCGAUGUAACUCGACUCGUUUCUUCCCCUUCCACUUCUAACCCCUCCCACCCAGCCCAACCCCCGGAUCUCCGCCACGUGUAUGUAUACCGCCCCGCGCGGGGACAGGAGCAAAUACGUGCGGCUGUCGAGGCUGCGGGCGAGUAUAUGCUAUACGGAUCGCACGGCAGCCGAGCACAGGAGUGGUGGGGCACGGUGGUCAUCGGAGGGGGUAUAAACGUCAGGGCGGAAGUGAAGGCUGGUUGGAAAGGUUGGUUAGCAGUUCAACGUGAAGAGGUAAACGGAUUCCCGGCUGGCAUUAGUGUCGAAGAGGCCUUGCGUGAUAGGAAUGCCAGGCAGGAAGUUGUUGAUGGCGCUGGAUGGGUAGCAAAGUCGAGAGUUGGAGCGUAUGUGUGGAAGGAUGUGUGAGUUAUCAUUUAACCAAUGUCCUUUUAAUGUCCAAGCCACACACUUUAGUGAAGAGGGGAAUUGACAUAGGGCUUACGCCCUAGGAUGUCGUACGUAUGCAACUUGACUUCUUCAGGUAGGAGGCCGAUUAGGACCGUUCAGGACCGUACUGGUUAUAUGGUAAGAAAGAGGGUUCAAAUAGACGCCGUCGAUA